AUGUCUGCUGCUACCACCAACUCCACCGCCCCCACCACUACCGCCCCUACGAACGGGGCUACCACCGGUACCGGCUCUACUUCCAUCACCCAGGGUGUCAAGGAUUUCUUCAAGGGUUCUCACAAGGCCGACAGCACUGAGGUUUGCACCGAGCACGCUCCCGAAAUUGUCCAGGAGCACGUUCGUCCCCAAGAGCACACCCAGACCGCUGAGGCCAUCGACCGUGAAAGGCAUGUCCACCACCACCAGCACCGAAUCCAGCCCAUCGAGCACAAGGUCGCCCUUGACCCCAAGCAUGUUCACGUCACCGGUGCCCCUGUUGUCCGUGAGCACAAGGAAGACAUGCUCCCCGAGCACCAGGAGACUCUCCACGCCCAGAGGACUUUGCACACCAACCAGCAGACUACCGGUGACAUCGAGAAGUCUCAUGCCCACAUCGGUACUCACGUCAACACUCACGAGCACCACCACAUUCACGAGACUAUCCAGCCGGUGAUCCAGAGGGAGACUGUUCAGCCCACCGUCGUCCACCACACCGCCGCCAUCCACGAGAAGGUCCACGAAGCGCCCAUCGUUCACGAGGUCACCACUCUCCCCUCUAUCGGCCACGACCAGUUCUUGAAGCUCAAGGAAGGUCUCUCCGGUGCUACCCACUCCGACAAGUCUCACUCUCACCAGCAUUACGAGGGUGCUCCUCGAGUCGGCGGCCACACCUCUCAAACUGGUACCACUUCCUCUGCCGCCCCUUCGACCACUCAGGGCGCCACCACCACCAUCUGA